UUGGAAAUUUCAAUUUCCCUUUCGUUUAAAGAAUUGAUUCUUUCUUCUUUUAAUUUCUUCUCCCUAUAAAUACAUUCCUCAAAUCCUUGCUCUGCUCUACUUUCACCUUGCUCUGCUCUACCUUCCCCGAUUCCACCCUAAAUUUCAUUUUCUCUCUCCUCCAAUUCAAUUCGAUCUUCCCCACUUAUCGUCCUCCUCUGCUUACUUUGAAGCCGUAAAAUCAUGAACGCACUCGCAGCAACUAAUAGAAAUUUCAAGCUUGCAUCCCGAAUUUUGGGGUUGGAUGCUAAACUCGAAAAGAGUCUUCUCAUCCCAUUUAGGGAAAUCAAGGUUGAGUGUACUAUACCUAAGGAUGAUGGUACUUUAGCUUCUUUUAUUGGAUUCAGAGUUCAGCAUGACAACUCUAGAGGCCCAAUGAAAGGGGGAAUCAGAUACCACCCAGAGGUUGAUCCAGAUGAGGUCAAUGCAUUAGCACAAUUGAUGACUUGGAAGACAGCAGUAGCAAAUAUUCCUUAUGGUGGUGCCAAGGGUGGUAUAGGAUGUAACCCAUCAGACUUGAGUAUCUCUGAACUUGAACGCUUGACGCGAGUGUUUACCCAAAGGAUUCAUGAUCUUAUUGGAAUCCACACUGAUGUACCAGCACCAGAUAUGGGGACAAAUUCGCAGACAAUGGCAUGGAUAUUGGAUGAAUACUCGAAAUUUCAUGGUCAUUCACCUGCAGUUGUUACUGGAAAACCUAUUGACCUUGGUGGAUCUCUUGGUAGAGAUGCGGCUACAGGAAGGGGGGUCCUUUUUGCUACAGAAGCCCUUCUAAACGAGUCUGGAAAGACUAUAUCAGGUCAAAGAUUUGUGAUACAGGGCUUUGGGAAUGUGGGUUCGUGGGCAGCACGACUCAUCAGUGAAUUAGGAGGGAAGGUUGUUGCUGUAAGUGAUAUCAGUGGAGCGAUAAAAAACAAGAACGGACUUGACAUUGACAGCUUACUGAAACACGUCCAAGAAAACCGUGGAGUAAAAGGUUUUCAUGGUUCAGAUGCAAUAGAUUCGGACUCAAUAUUGGUUGAGGAUUGUGAUGUGCUAAUCCCUGCAGCCCUUGGUGGCGUUAUUAACAGGGAGAAUGCAAAUGAAAUCAAGGCCAAAUACAUCGUGGAAGCAGCAAACCAUCCAACUGAUCCAGAAGCAGACGAGAUAUUGAAAAAGAAUGGUGUUGUCAUCCUUCCCGACAUAUAUGCAAACUCGGGUGGUGUUACUGUCAGUUACUUUGAGUGGGUUCAGAACAUCCAAGGAUUCAUGUGGGAAGAAGAGAGAGUGAACAAUGAGCUAAAGACAUACAUGACAAAGGGAUUGAAGAACGUGAAAGAAAUGUGCAAGACGCAUAAUUGUGAUCUUCGUAUGGGAGCCUUCACCCUCGGACUCAAUCGUGUUGCUCGGGCAACUGUUCUUAGAGGCUGGGAAGCUUAAGAUGAUCCAUAUUCCAUAAUUAAGCCUGUGUUUGUGUAUGUCUUGAAUAAAAAGAGGCAUCUUUGCUUUGCUCUCUCAGCUCACUUGCUACGUGCACUCCAUUUGUUCUGGAGAUUUAUGUUUUGUCAUCUCUUUAUAGUUUAUACUUUAUGUUAUCAAAACCACCUUGGGUUAUUCACCCUGGUUAAAUUAGAUUAUUUUUUUUUGAAUACUGUGUAGUUGCCCCGGUUUUUACCCGGAUUGUAACUUUAUUGAUUCAAUGAGAGUAAGGAAAAGCUUCAUUUAUGCUAA